AUGGCGCGGGAGGGGCAGCUGCGAGAGGAGCUGGGCUAUGACCGGAUGCCCACCCUGGAGCGAGGGCGGGCUGACCCGGGCCGGCUGACCCAGGGUGCCGGCUACACCACUGACACGAAACCCAAGGACCUUCAGCUGUCCAAGAGGCUGCCCUCAUGCUUCAGCUACAAGACAUGGGUCUUCUCCGUGCUGAUGGGGAGCUGCCUUCUUGUGACCUGUGGGUUUUCGCUCUACUUGGGGAACGUGUUUCCCUCAGAGAUGGAUUACCUGCGCUGUGCAGCCGGCUCGUGCAUUCCCUCAGCCAUUGUAGGCUUUGCUGUUUCCAGGAAAAAUGUCAAUUCGAUCCCCAACUUUCAGAUAUUGUUUGUUUCCACGUUUGCUGUUACCACGACAUGCUUAAUCUGGUUUGGGUGCAAACUGGUCCUUAAUCCAUCAGCAAUAAACAUCAAUUUCAACCUCAUUCUUCUACUCCUGCUGGAGCUUCUCAUGGCGGCCACAGUGAUCAUCUCUGCGCGAUCCAGCGAGGAUCCCUGCAGGAAGAAGAAAGGGGCUUCUAUCGCUGAAGGCACCAACAUCCUGGAUGAAGUGAUAUUUCCUGCCAGGAUCCUGAAAUCCUACUCAGUGGUGGAGGUCAUGGCUGGUGUCUCUGCUGUCCUGGGUGGUGUCAUCGCUCUGAAUGUGGAUGACGCUGUCUCAGGCCCACACCUCUCUGUGACAUUCUUUUGGAUCUUAGUGGCAUGUUUUCCAAGUGCCAUUGCCAGUCACGUGACAGCAGAGUGUCCCAGCAAGUGCCUGGUGGAGGCGCUGAUCGCCAUCAGCAGCCUCACAUCUCCACUGCUGUUCACGGCCUCAGGGUACCUGUCCUUCAGUGUGAUGAGAAUCGUGGAGAUCUUUAAAGAUUACCCACCAGCCAUCAAGGCCUACGACCUGCUCCUGUUGCUGCUGUUGCUGGUCCUGCUGCUUCAAGGAGGUCUCAACACUGGCACGGCCAUCCAGUGCGUGAGUUUCAAGGUUAGCGCAAGGAUGCAGGGUACAUCCUGGGAGGCACAGACCAGCCUGCAGGACCGGCCAGCAGGAGAGGUGGCCAGGAGCCCCCUGAAGGAGUUCGACAAGGAGAAAGCCUGGAGAGCCGUUGUCGUACAAAUGGCCCAGUGA